AUGACUGAAUUAUAUAGGCAAAAAUAUUGUAUAUCUGACUUUAAAGCAUUUUAUUUUCAAGAAUUAAAUAAUUUACACAAUGCAUACAUUAUUUAUUUGGGUCUUUCUGUAUUAUCUGAUACCUCUGAUAUUGAACAAGAAGAUUAA